AUGUCAGACAUAGACCUAAACCAUGAGGACGAACAUUCUAAAGACGUUUUGUUCACUUUUGUGUCCGAUGGAGACUGGUUGUUUUCCAAAGGGGAAUACAAAAAGGCCAUAGACAGCUACAUGAAGAUACUGUCAAUCAAGCCGGAUGACAGAAGUUGCUACGUAGGAAUAUCCAAAUGCCAUUUACAGAUGGGAAACCCGGAACUGGCUCUGAAGGAGGCGGAGAAUUCACUCAAGGGAGACAAGACAUAUGUUAAGGGCUUGUACCAGAAAGCGGAGGCGCUGUAUUACAUGGGCGAGUUUGAAUUUGCCAAAGUGUGCUACCAUCAAGGACUGAGGAUCCGACCUGAGUUAGAGAAGUUCAGAGUCGGCAUCCAAAAAGCACAAGAGGCCAUAGAAACUGCUGUGGGAUCUCCAUCUACAGUGAAACUGGAAAACAAGGGAGACCUGAGCUUUUUCCUCAAUGAUGAAGAGCUGAGAAGGGAAAACCCAGCCACAGCAAUUCAACAAAAAAUGACGGUGGAAAAGAAACCUCAAACUACAGCAAAAAAAACAAAAAAUGAGAAAAAAGACAAACAGCUUUUGGGAGAGUUUUACAGCGAUAAGAAGUUUCUGGAGGAUCUGUUGAAAGAUAAAGACCUGAAAAAAGUGACCACGAAGAAAGGGGAGACUCUGCAGGACGUCAUCAAAGGCUCCCUCAGUUACCUGGAGACCUGCGGCGAGUUCAGGAAAAACGUGAAGCCGAUCGCUGUGAAAAAGCCCGAGAAAUCCAGACCGAGAGAGACCAGACCCAAGUCCAGCUCUGAGCGAGUGCUGUUUUUCACCAAACGCAUGGACGAGAUCGAAUCAGAGUUGAUGUGUGGAAAUGCAAAGUCGAGUCUAGAGAAGGCUGAAGAACUCCUGAAAACAGUGCAGACCUGGCCACCGCAAGACGUAAAGGACAAAAACGAGUUUCUGGGAAUGGUCCACAGGUGUUUAGGCAACGCCCAUCUCAAACUCGGAGACACAGACAAGACGCUGGAUCAUUUUCAAAAAGGUCUGGAGAUAGCGACGCAAUGCAAACUUCCCGCAGAGAGAUCGAGGACGCUGGACAACAUGAGCCGCGUGUACGACAGUUUGGGACAGUUUGACCGGGCCAUCGACUGUCAGGAGAAGAGGAUUCCUUAUGUCAGUGACGCGGUGGAGAAGACCUGGAUGUUCCACGAGCUCAGCCGCUGGCACCUGCAGCUGAGCCGCUUUGAGAUCGCUCGAAAGUAUGGCCUCCGCUCGCUCGCCGCCGCAGUCGCCGCAGGAGACGUCCGAUGGCAGAGGAACUCAAGCGUCCUCGUCGCACAGUCUGAAAUGAAACUGUCCAACAACGAAUCCUCUGUCUUCCAUUUUGAGAAAGCCCUAAGCCACGCCAAGUCACUGAACGAUGACCCUGCUACAGAUGCGAUUCAAGAGGCCCUGGAUGAAGUGAAACAAGAGGAAAGCGUGCUUCUGCCUUGUCAUUGCACACACAGCCUGACAAACGCGUGGUGGUUAGCAGCUCCAGCCACACAUUUGGUCUUUCUUCACAUUAUAAAAGACAUGGAUACCAAACAGAGCGGUGAAGUUAUGGAAGGAACAGACUCUCCGCAGGAAGGAAAUGAAAUCCUGAAGGAAUCCAAAAUGGAGAUUCCAGCUGAGUCGGAAGCACCACCAGCUGAACCUAUUGGACAAGGUGAAGUGAAUGGCCAAUCGAAUGGUGUAAAUGGGAAUGAAGAGGUUGAAGUAAAUGAAAAGGAGAACAUGGAAGCGACCCCAAGCACAGAAGAGCCAAGAGAGGAGCAGAGUUCGAAUCAAGAUGCAAAUGCUGCCGUAGAAGCUGAAAUCAACCAGCCCGAACAAGCCGAGAAGCCAGUAGAAAUUCCAAUCAGCGAAACUACACCUGAACCAGAAAAUACCCAAGAGCCAGCGGAAGAGAAACCUCCAAAAGUUGACGAAAAAGUAGUUGAAUAUCUGGAAGUGCAGAAAGAAACUGGAGAUGUGGAGAUCGUGGCAGAGCCAAAGGCAGAAGUCGCGGCAGCUGGAGAUAAGGAGAAAAAUGACCAAGAGGUGAAAGAAAAGUCUGAGGCGGCUGAACCCAAGGUGGUGCCAACGACUGCAGCAACAGAGGAAUCUGAAGCAAAAGAGCCAGAAGACGAUCCGACUCCAGCUGCUGGCUCUUUACAAUUCCCCAUUUUGGAGCACGACAAAACCAAAGAAGCGUUUGCAAGCGCGCGUACCCUGGUUGUGCUGAGAGGUCUCCCCGGAAGUGGGAAAACGUUCCUCGCCCGGGCCAUUGCCGAAGCCUACAAAGACCAGUGCUCCAUCGUAAGCGCGGACGAGCAUGAGGUGAAAUCGGACAGCGCCGACUGUUACAAAGCUUUCGACGAAGCGAUUGUGGCUAAAUGCAGUGCUGCUACGACUCCAGCGCUCAUCGUGGUGGACGACUCCAAUCACACCCAGAAUCGGUUGGCCAUUUUGGGAGGGAUCGCCAGAGAGCAUGGGCUUCUGGCAAUAUUCUUGGAGCCCCGCACUGAGUGGAACAGAGAUGCGGUCCAGCUGAGCAAAAAGACCAAAAAGGGCUUGGAGCAGGCUAAACUGGAAGCAAUGAAAAAGUGCCAUGAGGAAAUGUCGAGCCCACUGUAUUUUGGGUGGUUCCUUUUCUUCACGGUUCAGGACGAAGUUAGAGAAACGUCAACGAACUUUCUAAAGUCGCUGGAGGGGUUGGAGAGCUUCCAGAAACACAUUAGUGACUUCAGUGGGAAAGAGGAGAAGGCGGACCUGGACCAGUACUUCAAAGCCAAAGGAACUCUUCACUGCACCACGAAGUUCACAAACUACGGCAAAGCAGAAGGGGCCAAAGAGUACACAGCGAAACAAAUUGUGCAGGAGCUGUACGGCUCUGUCUCAGAGUUGUCCCUCUCGGCUCUCUUCAUCACUCCUCGCACCAUUGGCGCUCGCGUCGCUCUGUCUGAAGAACAGCUCAAGCUCUGGCCUGAUGACGCAGAGAAGGAGGCGGAGUCUGUUGUCCCGGGAGCCUCCGCUUUGCCCCUGGGCAGCCGUGGCCAUGUCACUCUGGGCUGUGUAGAGGGCGUGGAGGCUGUCCAAACGGGCUACGACCUUCUCCAAAUCCUCGUCCUGCAGAAAAAUGGCGAGCAGGGGGAGGCGGAAGAGAUCGACGCUGGUACGCUCACAUAUUACGGAGAGGGAAGGUGGUACCUCUCCCUCAAAGAGCCAAUCAGUGCAGCAGCAAGCUUCUCCAGCGCAUACAAACCCAAAGCACCUGCACCAGCCAAAAAGGAGAAGAAGAAACCAAAAUGCACCAUUCUUUAA